AUGCAGAUUCCAUCUUUCCAAGGCAAAAACGAUCCAGAAGUUUAUUUGGAGUGGGAGACAAAGGUUGAAAUGGUGUUUGCUUGUCACAACUACUCUGAAUUGAAAAAGGUAAAAUUGGCCACCAUCGAAUUUACUGAUUGUGCUAUUAUUUGGUGGGAUCAACUUAUUUUGAGUAGGAGACGGAAUUGUGAAAGGCUCAUUGAGACAUGGGAAGAAAUGAAGGCUAUUAUGAGGAGGCGAUUCAUUCCAAGUCACUACUAUAGUGACUUAUUUCAGAAGUUACAACGCCUUACUCAAGGUUCCAAAAGUGUUGAGGACUACCACAAGGAGAUGGAAAUAGCCAUGAUUCGAGCCAAUGUGGAGGAGGACCGAGAAACUACCAUGGCCAAGUUCCUUGUUGGGUUGAACUGUGAUAUUGCAGAUGUGGUAGAAUUACAACAUUACGUUGAGUUAGAUGACAUGGUGCACAUGGCCAUUAAAAUGGAGCGACAAUUGAAGAGAAAGGGGUCCACACGAAUUGGGAAAAAUUUCGGCUCUUCAACAUGGAAAUCGAAUUGGAGCAGAAAGGAUGAAAAGCCUAAUUUCAAACCUAAAGUUGAAACCUCCAACAGAAACAAAGAUGAAGGAGCACCAAAUAAGCUAAAAUCUGAUACUCUACCUCCUAAAAAUAGAGAUAUCAAAUGCUUUAAGUGUUUGGGGAUAGGCUAUAUUGCAUCUCAAUGCCCAAACAAGAGAGUGAUGAUUUUGAAAGAUGAUGGUGAUAUUGAGACCGAAGAUGAGAUUGAUAAUAAGUAUGAUAAUGAAUCCAUGCCACCUUUAGAGGAUGCAAGUGGCAUUGAGUACCCGGUUGAUGGGGAGCUCUUGGUGGCAAGGAGAGCUCUUAGUGUGCAAGUCAAAACGGAUGCAAAAGAGCAACGUGAGAACAUUUUUCAUACUAGAUGCCAUGUCAACGAUAAAGUAUGUAGCAUGAUUAUUGAUGAGGGGAGCUGUACUAAUGUGGCCAGCACUAGCUUGGUUGAAAAAUUGAAUUUGAUGACUUUGAAGCAUCCUAGGCGGUAUAAGCUACAAUGGAUGAAUGAUUAUGGAGGAUUUAAAGUAACUAAACAAGUGUUUGUUUCAUUCUCAAUUGGGAAGUAUACAGAUGAAGUUUUGUGUGAUGUGGUGCCAAUGCAUGCCGGCCAUAUUCUUUUGAGGCGACCAUUGCAGUUUGAUAGAUCUACCUAUUGGCUUACCACCAAUAAGGGAAUCGAGCAUCACAUUGAUUUCAUACCCAGAGCAUCAAUUCCAAAUAGACUAGCCUAUAGAAGCAAUCCCGAGGAGACCAAGGAACUUCAAAGGCAGGUUAGUGAGCUCAUGGAAAAGGGGUAUGUGCGUGAGAGCAUGAGUCCUUGUGCAGUUCCAAUAUUGCUUGUGCCUAAGAAAGAUGGUUCAUGGAGGAUGUAUGUGGAUAUCAUCGGAUUAGGAUGA